AAAGCGCGAAGACGCUAAUUUAACCGUAACCGAAACCGAAACCUCUCCGGUUUGUAGUUGUUGUUGCCAUCUCUCUCUCUCUCUGUAAAACAAAAAAAAACAAAACCCUAGAAAGUCUCCAGUUUCCGCCAUUGGAGGCGAUCACACUGGUCCGUCUCUGAUCUCGAUUCGAAACGAAAUCGAUCCUUAAUUUCUCUGACUAGAGAGAAGGAAGGAAGGAAGGAAGGAAGGAAGGAAGGAAGGGAUGGAGAUGGAUUUGUUUGUGACACCAGAGAAGCAGAGGAACCAUCCUUCUUCAGUGAGCUUGGGGAAGACUCCUGUGAGAAGGAGAUUGAUAGUUGAUGACGAAUCCGAGGUUGUCUCUGAGAAGAAAUGUCAAUCAAGAACUUCUGGUGGCGGUCUUCGCCAAUUCAGCGUUAUGGUUUGUCAGAAGUUGGAAGCUAAGAAGAUAACUACUUACAAGGAGGUUGCAGAUGAAAUAAUUUCUGAUUUUGCAACAAUUAAACAGAAUGCAGAGAAGCCUUUGAAUGACAAUGAGUAUAACGAGAAGAACAUAAGGAGGAGAGUGUAUGAUGCACUAAAUGUCUUCAUGGCGUUGGAUAUCAUCGCAAGGGAUAAAAAGGAAAUCCGUUGGAAAGGCCUUCCCAUUACCUGCAAGAAAGAUGUGGAAGAAGUUAAGUCUUAUUUGCAGAUGGAUCGAAAUAAGAUUAUGAAUAGUGUGCAAAAGAAGGCUGCUUUCCUUAAAGAAUUGAGAGAAAAGGUAUCAAGUCUUGAGAGUCUUAUGUCGAGGAACAAGGAGAUGGUUGUGAAGACUCAAGGACCCGCAGAAGGAUUUACUUUACCAUUCAUUCUACUUGAGACAAAUCCUCAUGCAGUAGUCGAAAUCGAGAUCUCUGAAGAUAUGCAACUUGUACACCUCGACUUCAAUAGCACGCCUUUCUCGGUCCAUGACGAUGCUUACAUAUUGAAACUGAUGCAAGAACACAAGCUGCAGCAGCAGCAGCAGCAGCAGAACAGAGUUUCUUCGCCUUCCUCUACACAUCAACACUCUUCUUCUGCUCAUUCUUCCUCCAGUUCUUGCAUUGCUUCUGGAACCUCAGGCCCCGUUUCCUGGAACUCUGGGAUCCAUUGAUACUCGCUGACCACCCCACCGGGAAAAAAAAGAACCGUCAUUCUGUUCCCAAUUCUCGAGAAAGAAAGAACAAGCCAUCUAAUUUGGUAUACUUGCAGAAAAAAAUUUAUACAUUUGGUUUAAAUGCUAUUUGAGAGAGAGAGACUGUGAACUUAUGAUCCCAUAUGCCAACAACAAAUGUUUGUUCAUCCAAUUUACAAAUGUUUGUAAAACCGAUUCGGUUAACUAUUUAUCUGAGGUUUAUUGAUUUUAACAAA